CCUUCCUGGAUCGUCUGCGAAAGCUCAGAUGGGAGCAGAUGUGGAGACUGACUGCAGAAAGGGAACUAAUGAGCAUGCUGUCCACUUCCUUGGCAGACCAGGAUAUCUUUAACGCAGUGAUCAAACAAAACCCGUUCCUGGUUCAUCAGCUGCCUUGCUUCUGGAACGUCCAGCUGUCUGAUCACACCCGUUCCGAAAAGUGCUAUAAAGAUGUGUCCGACCUAAAGGUGAUCCACUGGAACUCUCCAAAGAAGUUGCGAGUAAAGAACAAGCAUGUGGAAUUCUUCCGGAAUCUCUAUCUUACCUUUCUGGAGUACGAUGGCAACCUUCUGCGACGAGAGCUGUUCGGCUGUCCCAGUGAGGCUGACCACAACAGUGAGAAUCUCCAGAAGACACUGUCAGAGCUGGAUGAAGAUGAUCCGUGCUACGAGUUUCGUCGAGAGCGAUUCACUGUCCAUCGAACACACCUCUACUUCCUGCACUAUGAGUAUAAACCCAGCUCUGACAACACAGAUGUCACUCUCGUCGCCCAGCUCUCUAUGGACAGGCUCCAGAUGUUGGAGGCCAUCUGUAAGCACUGGGAAGGCCCCAUCAGCCUCGCCCUGUACUUGUCAGAUGCUGAAGCCCAGCAGUUCCUUCGCUAUGCUCAGGGCUCUGAGGUGCUGAUGAGUCGUGGGAAUGUCGGUUACCACAUUGUCUACAAGGAGGGUCAGUUCUACCCAGUCAACUUGCUACGAAAUGUGGCCAUGCGACACGUCAACACACCCUACAUGUUCCUAUCAGACAUUGACUUCUUGCCUAUGUACAGCCUCUAUGAGUAUCUCAGGAAGUCUGUGGUGCAGCUGGACAUGGCCAACACCAAGAAAGCUCUAGUGGUUCCCGCCUUUGAGACACUUCGGUAUCGACUGUCAUACCCGAAAUCUAAAGCCGAGCUGCUGUCUCAGCUGGACAUGGGCACACUCUUCACCUUCAGAUAUCAUGUGUGGACUAAAGGCCAUGCACCAACUAACUUUGCCAAAUGGCGGACAGCCACCACUCCCUACAGAGUGCAGUGGGAGGCUGACUUUGAGCCCUAUGUUAUGGUGAGGAGGGACAGUCCUGAGUAUGACCGCCGCUUUGUGGGCUUUGGCUGGAACAAGGUGGCUCACAUUAUGGAGCUGGAUGCACAGGAGUAUGAAUUUGUGGUUCUGCCCAAUGCUUUCAUGAUCCACAUGCCUCAUGCACCCAGCUUUGACAUCACCAAGUUCCGCUCCAAUAAGCAGUACCGGGUCUGCCUGAAGACCCUGAAGGAGGAGUUCCAACAGAACAUGUCGCGGCGGUACGGUUUUGCCGCCCUUAAGUACAUGACGGCUGAAAACAACAGCUAGCCACCACUGCGGACCCUCAUAGCCCCAACUCUGAACUACUGACAUGCUCCACAGGCUGCACGAGGGGAGCAUAGUGUGAACGGAAGCCUGUGUGGGUCCUGGGGAUACUUUGAGACUUAAGUCCCUCAGAACAUUGGACACUGAGUGUGACACUGCAGGGGCUCUUUUGUUCCAACUUUGUCAUCAGUUGUGGAUAAAGGAGAAAAUGUGUGAAGCGUUUCCUUCUCCCAGGAUGUUAAAGCUAUGAAUGAUCGCACAAGGGACUGCUGGGGCUGGGCCCCAGGUGUGUGGGCCUCAAGCUUCAGUUAUGGAAUAUGAUAGACAGCAAACAAAAAUAUUGCCUUGCCAUAUUUCUAAGACCAAUGACAGUGUUAUGGCUAUGUGUAACAUUAUGUGUGUGUGGGUGUGUGUUUGUAUGUGUAUGUGAAGGUAGAUACAAGUGCGUGUGCGCGUGCGCGUGUGCGUGUG